AUGUGGCCGCCGCUUGCGCGCUCCCUUGUCGCUCUUCUCCGCGCGCCCGCUUCCGCGCUCCUUUCGCAACCCGCCUUCCACUCAUCCUCGUCGCUCCCCUCUUCCCCGCCCCAUUCUCGUGUGCAGCUCGGCGUGUGUGUGACGGUGCUGAAGCAGCAGUGUCGCGAGCAUGGCAUCGCCCGAUGGCCGUUCCGCAAGAUCCGCAAGCUCGAUCACAUGUUGUGCGCGCUCGAGGGGGCCGUCAACCGCCCGGGGGCGGCGAGCACCAGCAAGCCCGCGCUCACGGCGCAGCAGGCGCACACGAACCACCAGCGGAAGCGCAAGAUCGGCGCGGUCAAGGAGACGCUGUCGGGGCUCUUGACGGAUCCCAACUCCGCGGCGCACAUGCGCCUCGGCAAGAUUAAGUACAAGCGCUUCCGGCCUGGCUUCAAUGCCGAGGCGCCCAAUACUCCUGCGGACUUUGACAAUUCCCGUGCUCGCGAUGGCGCUGGCGCUGGUGCUGGCGCUCCUCGGAGACCGGACUUUGACAUGAACGAGCCGCCUUGUAGCGAGGUGGAUGCCAGUUCCGCGGCUCCGAACCGUUGCGCGGACGGCAUUGCGUGCGCGGACGGCAUUGCUUACGGGGACUGCAAUGGCUGCGCGGACGACGACGUUGCUCGCGCGGACGGCAUUGCGCCCGAGUCCUGUUUCUCUUCGCCUCUCCCCACACCGCUCUCCACUCCUACGUCCUCUCGUCACCUCCCGCCUUUGAGCGCGCUCCCUCCUUUGUCGCUCGAGCCGUGCAGCGCGCUGCCAUGCGCGCGCGCUCUUCCCCGCUCCGUGCUCUCCCCUCUACCCUCCGCUGUGAGCGCGAAUCCAUUCACCUCGCCGAUGCACCUGCCGUCACUCCCAUCCCUUCCACUCGCGUCGCCGCUCUGCCUGGACGACGAUACACCCGCUGCGGUCACUGUGACAGCGUGCCAACCCUAUCAGCAAGCCAACUGCCUGCCCCGAGCUCAACGCACAGCAGCGUCAUCACCAGCAGCAGUGGAAGCAGCAGCGCCACCACCACCAACGCCGUUAGCGCGACCCGCAGCAACGGUAGCAGCAGCAGCAGCAGCAGCAGCAGCGGUUGCGGGCGGGUCGGCUCGACCACUCUCGCGUUCUCGUUUUGCGGCGAUCCGGUUCUUCCUGCCCUUUCGAGCGACGCCGUUGCUCCUCCCAAUGAAGAAGCUACACUGA